AUGGAUCCCCUUUUGAACUGGGCUAUUUUACUCUUUGUUAGUAGCGGCUUCUUCUGGUACUACAGAACCAGUUCUCGACCUAGAGCCGGGCCCGCAUUUUUCAAACCUGCCCCUGAAAGACAAGAGAAUGGGUCUGCAACCAAAAAGGCAAAGCGGAAAGCAAAGCACAACACCAGCAGCAGUGGUACUCCUAACCCACCUUCAAGACCCUUUGAGCAGGUCCAUGAAAAACCAAAGGUUGUUGCUCCUCCAGGAGAGGAGCUCCCAGAUGAGGGGAUGGAUAAUAAGGAGUUUGCAAGGCCACUCGCUAAGGCGAAAGAGGGCGCCAAGCUUCCCCAUACCAACAGCAAAUCCAAGGAGAUCCGCACUAAGAAAAUCAGUGCCAGCGGAGAUGAGUCUGACAACAAGGAUGCUACCGAAUUAUCCACAUUGGCAGGUGAUGUCUCCGAUAUGCUCGAGGCUGGGCCAGGCGGGCUAUCCUGUUUCCGUUUGGUAAUCACUCCUCAGCAGGAGCAGGCUCCGAGGAAAAAGCAAAAGACGCAAGAUACUGGGGAGACGAAGAAACAGCGCCAACGAAGGCUCAAGAAUGAAAAUAGAAAGUUGAUGGUGCAAGAAGCAGAGAAGGAGCGUCGCAUUCAGCUUGAAAAACAGCUCCACGGCGCCCGAGAACAUGAACGCCGUGAGGCUGCGAAAGCUAAACCUCCUACAAUGAAUGCCUGGCGAAACGGUGCCCUCAGCAACCAAACCAACGACCAGACUAACGGUAUCUCCAAACCUACGAUUCCACCUCCCACCGCCCUUCUGGAUACCUUCGAUCCAACCCCUCAAUCCGCAGGCAAACUCGAAGCAUCAUCCGAGAACUCGAGGCCGUCCUCCUAUAUGGAUAACUGGACAAAUAAUCUCCCUUCCGAGGAAGAGCAGAUGCGCAUUAUACUGAGCGAAAAUGAGUGGACGACAGUGUCCAGUCGCAAAAAGGAGCGGAAAAACGGCUCAAAGCGAACUGAAAGCGUCAGUGAGGAGAGCAGUUCGGACUUCCUCGCUGCUAAAGAUUCCGAGCCAUCAAUAGCCCCAACAACGACAACAACAACGACAACAACGACAGCCCCCUCUGUUGCGGAACAAUUCGAGGUGUUCAGCGGCAAAGGCCACCCACUGGACUCUGAUUGGGAUCCUUGA